GGAGCUUUCGAUUUAAACAGCCUCAGCCCCAUCGAGGCGAGAAAGCUAAUUUCGAACUUUUUCAUUUUUCAGCUUUGCAAGCUGUAGCCGUACCCCUGCUUGGCAAAGGACUACAUUAUUCGUUUGUGAAUAUUGACAUUUUCAACAUUGCUGGAUGGAUCGGAAUAGUGACGACAGUUUUCAGAAUAUUCAUCACUCUUAUCUGGUUCAAAGAACACAACAUUGAUGUGAAAGACAGCACAGGUGAUCUUCCAAAGCCGAACCUGCGUGCUGCUUUCGUUACGAUAUUUGCAUUUUUCGUCCUUUGUUGUGAUGUUGCGAUUAUUGAAACUAUGACAAGUCCAUUGCUUGCAGAAGAGUUUGCCCUGCAAAAAGACGAAGCAGUUCUAUACGCUGGGAUAACCCUGUCUUCGUUAAGUGUUAUCAACUUAGCAGCUUAUAUCAUCAUCAGACGUACACAAAACAGAUUUCGCGAAAGGUCCAUUCUUUUUGUCGGGUUCGUCGUCUUGCUCUUGGCAUUUGUUAUCUUCUUGCCUUGGGGAAGUGAGCACCAUAAACUUCAAACGAAAGAAGUAGUUAUUGUUGGAAAUGUUUCAAAGAUAGUAUUGUCUCCCGGUUGCCCAAUCAAGUACAAUUGGUGCAAAACCACGCCCAAGAUACGCCCAAUACAAUUUGCUAUUGGGAUUUUUUUUGCAUUCGUUGGAUUUGUUAUGCCCCAGUUUAUCAUCAAUCUACUAUACUCGAAAGUAAUUGGGCCAAGGAAACAGGUGAGACAGCACUAUAUUUGUCUUAUUCAAGAAGAUUAUUCUUUAUAACACUAACAAAUGUAUCAUCAAAAUGUAUUGGUCAAGGAACCAUGCUAUCAGCAAUAGCAGGGACGGCCACUUAAAAACAUGAAAAAGGAAAUCUAGCAAUAGAAAGGCAUAAUGGUGCUAAUAUCGAAAGUCAAAAAAAGCCCAUUUACUAUCUGUAUCUAAAUUCUAUCAGAUUUUAUCCUCCAAAUUGAUGAGCGUAUUUAGUUCAUACCAUAUUUAUCAGCGGCAUCAUGCUCACUGAAUGGCCAAUACGCUUUGAAAUCGUACCAUUGUCGUCUCAAUUGUGUACGUCUUUAUUCAUUGCCGUAUUUAUCAGAGGCAUCAUGAAUCCUGAAGGAUCUUGAGGCCAUCACGUUAUGAUAUCUCACCGCUUUCAUCUCAAUAAGUUAGCGUGUACGUCUUUAUUCCAUUCGUAUUUAUUAGCCGCGUCGUGUACACUGCAGGCCAAUACGUUAUGAUAUAACACCGCUUUCAUCUCAAUAAGUUAACGAGUAUGUCUUUAUUCCAUUCGUAUUUAUCAGCCGCGUCGUGUACACUGAAGGCCAAUACGUUAUGAUAUCAGACCGCUUUUAUCUCAAUAAGUUAAUGUGUACGUCUUUAUUCCAUUCGUAUUAAUCAGCCUUGUCGUGUACACUGAAGGCCAAUACGUUAUGAUAUCACACCACUUUCAUCUCAAUAAGUUAACGAGUACGUCUUUAUUCCAUUCGUAUUUAUCAGCCGCGCCGUGUACACUGAAGGCCAAUACGAUAUGAUAUCAGACCGCUUUUAUCUCAAUAAGUUAAUGUGUACGUCUUUAUUCCAUUCGUAUUUAUCAGCCGCGUCGUGUACACUGAAGGCCAAUACGUUAUGAUAUCAGACCGCUUUUAUCUCAUAAGUUAAUGUGUACGUCUUUAUUCCAUUCGUAUUUAUCAGCCGCGUCGUGUACACUGAAGGCCAAUUCGUUAUGAUAUCACACCGCUUUUAUCUCAAUAAGUUAAUGUGUACGUCUUUAUUCCAUUCGUAUUUAUCAGCCGCGUCGUGUACACUGAAGGCCAAUACGUUAUGAUAUCAGACCGCUUUUAUCUCAUAAGUUAAUGUGUACGUCUUUAUUCCAUUCGUAUUUAUCAGCCGCGUCGUGUACACUGAAGGCCAAUUCGUUAUGAUAUCACACCGCUUUUAUCUCAAUAAGUUAAUGUGUACGUCUUUAUUCCAUUCGUAUUUAUCAGCCGCGUCGUGUACACUGAAGGCCAAUACGUUAUGAUAUCACACCGCUUUCAUCUCAAUAAGUUAACGAGUACGUCUUUAUUCCAUUCGUAUUUUUCAGCGGUGUUGUGUACACUGAAGGCCAAUACGUUAUGAUAUCACACCGCUUUCAUCUCAAUAAGUUAACGAGUAUGUUUUUAUUCCAUUCGUAUUUAUCAGCGGCGUCGAGAACACUGAAGGCCAAUACGUUAUGAUAUCAGACCGCUUUUAUCUCAAUACGUUAAUGUGUACGUCUUUAUUCCAUUCGUAUUUAUCAGCCGCGUCGUGUACACUGAAGGCCAAUACGUUAUGAUAUCACACCGCUUUCAUCUCAAUAAGUUAACGACUA